GAAAAGUCUACUUUAUGAUGCAUUUCCAGAGGAAUGUAACAUUCGUUACCUUUUGGGUCGCCGCUUUUUUGGUUUCCAUAACCUUCGGAUCGGCGCUGGCGGUCAAUUCUGGUAGCGUAAGGAGGAAGUUUCUUCCGCAGGAGUAUUCAAUCUUCUCAUCCAAAGAGUCUGCUCGAUGCAACGACUAUGUUCUAAUAGAAGAUGGCAAAAUGAGUUUAUGUUUAGACAAAGCCAGAGGGACGAGGACUAUAAUGUUAUCUGGCAAGGAACUUGAUCUCACAUUCGACACCUUUUGGCAAUUCAUCUCAGAUCCUGAUUCGAGGUUUGAAAAAGUCCCACGACUUUUCAAAUUGUGUCCUUUCAAGAUCUACGGUUUGCUGAAGGCUAAAUUCCUCUCUCCUGAUACUCGUUACUCGGCUUACAUAGUCUACAAGGCAAAGGAUCAAAUUCCAGAUGUCCAAAAAAGCUUUGGAGUUGGAGUGAUUCUACAUGAAACUCUGGAAGGAAAGAAGUUUGAAAGGCUGCAGCUAACGAAGAUAGAGAAGAGGGCCGAUGGGUGGGUGGAGGCAAAGUUUGGAGAAUUCUUAAACGAUGGAGGGUUCAUGGAUGAUCACAAUGAAAUUUGGUUUUCUAUUGAUGAAAUCAAGUACAGCUAUUGGACGCCUGGGUUGAUCAUUCAAGGCAUUGAGUUCCGGCCUGUGAAAAAGGUCUGGUGAAGUAAGAUUCACACCAUGGACAAGUGUACGGUUUGAGCUAGUGUUAUGUGUUUAUGUAUCAAACCAAAACAUAUUGUAACAGAAAUUUAAUGGUUGUUUGAAUUGUGAUUAUUUAAUGUUUUUGAUUUUUCUUUCUUUUGAUGUUUUUGUCACUCUAACAUAUAUGUACCAGUUCAAUAUGAGUGUGUGUGUGUGUUUUUU